GUCACCCUGAGCCAGUCAUGAGCCUCCGUCCUUCCACACCAAACGGAUCCUGUCAUGAGUGUCUCCGCAGCUGCAGUGGGUAACGGUACAGCCGCUCAGCUGGUUGUUGUUUCCCAGAGACGUUUCGCUGUCCGGCACAGCAGCGAGUUUUUCAUUUUUGCGCUUCUCGUUCUGCUUCAUACUCUGUGAAUUUACUUGGAAAUGGACUGACCGGCCGAGCUCCAAUCAUUGGCACGCCUCUUCUUCUUUUUUUUUUGCGUGUUUUCAAUCACGACGGGACUGGACUGCUUUCCGAAAAGGCAGAUGCGUCCGCUUUCUUCUGCCCCGAACCGGCAAACACGACCUGCGCUAGCCGCUUGAGAAGAGCUCGCAGGAGCGGCGGCCAACCGGGGAGUCUGGGAUCGCCGGAGGGCUCUUCCGCUCGAAUUUGAAUGCUUUUUUUUGUUUUACUUUCUUUAUUUGCAUUUCGUUUCGUUUUAAUUGUCAGUGACAUACUGCGGCGAUGACAUCUCCGAGGAUUAAGCGCUCCUUAUGGACCUUGGCGGUUCCCCUGUUCUACACCCACCUGUGCUGCUGUUUCAACCUGGACUCCCAGCAGCCCCUCGUCUUCCACGGAGAGGCCGCGGCACACUUCGGGCACCGGGUGUGCCAGUUUGGGCAGGCUGGCAAUGAGAGUGUUGUGGUCAGCGCACCCCUGCAGGCUAACAGAACAGGACAUGUGUACAGCUGUCGUUUCGGGACCGGGCAGUGCGAACGGAUAUCCCUACCAGGGGAUGCUGGGAUAGCGAUGGGACUGACCCUUGCCUGUGACAACAAGCAACUGGCGGUGUGUGGCCCUCAACUCCAGCAUGACUGCGACCCCAUCCCCUACCUCAAUGGGUUCUGUGUGCUGCUGGGACCGGGCUUCGCAGUGAAGGAGACACUGAGACCUGCUUUCCAAGAAUGCCGGGAUUCUGGACUGGAUGCAGUGAUCCUCUUUGAUGACUCCCAAAGCAUCUCCGACACAGACUUCCAAACCAUGAUCCAGUUCAUCAAGGACGUCCUCCGAAAUUUCACCGACCCCAAAUCACAGGUGGCCGUAGCUCAGUACUCCACCAAUAUAAGGACUGUGUUCAGCUUUAACACGUUUGUGUCGAACCGGAACCCAAACUCCCUGUUGAGAAACGUCCCUCACACGCAGGGCCAGACGCACACUCCCAGCGCCAUCAAGUAUGUCCUAGACAAUGUGUUUACCAAGGAGCAGGGCAUGCGCCAGGAGUCCAAGAAGCUGCUGGUGGUGAUUACUGAUGGGAAAUCAAACGACCCCAAAGAGAAGUUUGAGAACGUCAUCCCACUGGCGGAGAGCAGAGGAAUCAUCAGAUAUGCCAUUGGGGUGGGCAAACAGAUCUCUAAACAGGAGUUGAAAACGAUCGCCUCUUCCCCUAAGGAUGUCUUUGAGGUCAACAGCUUUGAGGCCCUAAACUCCAUCCUGAAACAGCUGGGGGAAAAGAUUUUUGCCAUUGAAGGCACCAACAAGAAGUCCAACUUUACCUCUUUCCAGCUGGAGCUGUCUCAAGGCGGGUUCAGUGCAGCCGUCACAGAGGAGUCCAUCCUGUUUGGGGCUGUGGGCUCCUUCGACUGGUCGGGGGGAUUUGUGGAGAUCCGGGGUGGAGAUCUUCACGGCACGUUCAUCAACGCGUCCUCCCGAGAACCAGAAUUCGCAGAUUCCUACCUGGGGUACGCCUUGGCCGUCGCUCAGCUAGCAGAGGGAAGAGUAUACUUUGCCGGGGCACCGCGGCACACACACCGGGGCACUGUCCUGGGUUUUAAGAAAGGCCGUUCAGCCUGGGAAGUGGCAUGGCGUUUGAAUGGGACUCAGCUGGGUUCGUACUUCGGGGCAGAGCUGUGUGUCCUCGACGUGACCGGAGAUGGACGGACUGACCUCCUGCUGAUCGGGGCGCCCCUCUUCCACGAGCCAGGCACCGGGGGGGAGGUCACUGUGUGCACCAUUGCUUCUGAAGGCUUCCCGAACUGCAGCAGCUCCCUGAGGGGCUCGCCAGGGAAUGAGCACGGACGGUUUGGGACAGCCAUCGCGGCCACCCCUGACCUGGACGGCGAUGGGAUCCCAGACCUGGCUGUGGGGGCGCCUCAUGAAGACGAGAGGGGGGGCAGCCUCUACAUCUUCCUGGGGCACCGCAGGGGCGUUCACACACAGCACAGCCAGAAGGUGCAGGGGGCGUCUGUCCGCUCCGGCCUGCAGUUCUUCGGUCAGUCUGUCCACUCCGCCGGCGACCUGAGCUGGGAUGGACUGGCGGACGUGGCGGUCGGGGCCCGGGGGGCGGCCGUGGUCCUCAGAUCCCAGCCUGUGAUAAAUGUGUCAGUGGCAAUGACCUUCACCCCAAAUGCCAUCACUGAGAAUAACUUCCACUGCGCCAGACCGAUCAUGUCCUCCACCCAGCCGGCCACCAUAGCAACCGUUUGCAUCGCCAUCACUGCAGUGCAUGCUGGGAAACUCUCCAGUGGCCUCAGUGCCCGUGUAAAUGUGUCAGUACGGCUAGAGCCCCAGGCCAAGACCAGCCGACUGCUCUUCGUCCCCGGAGACCCCACCACUCACUGGACCGGCACCGUAAAUGACAGCGCCUGCUACAACAUCAGCAUCAUUGUUCCGGCCUGCAUAUCGGACUACAGCCCAGUUCCCUUGUCGGGCAAUUUCACCGUGGAGGGAGAGAGGAUGAAGGUGACAGAUGGACUGAGACCCAUAUUAACACCACGGUGCCUCACCACGUUUGCUGACCAGGUCCUCCUGGAACAGGUAUGUGGAGAGGACCAGGUGUGUGUCUCCGAUUUGGGAGUAACCAUCAACUUCACCAGUCCUAUGGUCAUAGCAAGUCCAAGAUAUACUGUGAUUGUGCAAGUAGCAAUCACUAACCUUGGAGAGGAUGCCUAUGGCACUGAAAUGGCUCUGAUUUACCACUCCGCCCUGUCCUUCACCAAGGCCUCUGUCACGCAGUCAACCUGGAGGUCCAGUCUGUCCUGCUCCGGGGACGACAGGCAGGUGAACAGCACUGUGGUGAGAAGAGCCAGCUGCCAGGUUAGCGCUUCUGUCCUCAAGGAGAGAGCCAAGGUAACUCUGCAUGCCUUCUUCACGGUAUCCCACCCAGAGCUCCUGGAAGACCACCUCCAGCUGAAUGUAUCGGUCCAGAGUAAAAAUGAAAAUUUGACCUUAGAAGACAAUUUUGACAGCUCUACAGUCCCUGUCUUGCUACCAGUUGACAUCGUAGUAGAAGAUGCUGACUCAACUUACAACAUCAUCUUUCUCGAGACGUCCCAGACCAGCAGUAACAUGGAGCAUUCAUACAAGGUGAAGAAUGUGGGUGAUGUUGACCUGCCUGUAGAUAUGACCUUCAUAGUCCCAGUGGAGCUGAGAUCGGGGUUCGUGUGGAAUGUGUCAGCUCCUGCUGACAAGGAUUGCAUCAGACUAGGAGACCUUCAUCCAACCCCCGAACAGUCCUUGAAUGACAAUAGAACCACUUCAUUAGAGAAGUUCUGCAACGGAACCCUCUGCCUCCACUUUGGCUGCAAAAUUGACCGGCUGACCAGGAAUCAAGAAGUAACCUUCACGUUUUUAGGGAAUAUCAUCCGAAACCCUGAGUCACAGAAGAAUGGUGUGCAGGUUACAGCUGAAAGCUGGAGCUUCCUAUCCUUUGAUGAGCGCAAAUACAUCCAGUUCCCAUCAAGUAGUGUUAAUCGAUUUUCCGUUAACACUGUUCUGGAGGUGCCAAGGCAAGACAGUCUGGUGGGCAUUAUUGUGGGCAGUGUUAUAGGUGGCCUGGUCAUCCUCAUCAUCAUCUCAUUGGCAAUGGCCAAGAUGGGCUUCUUCAAGAAGCCAGAGACAGAACAGAAUGACGACAAGACAGAAACGAAAGAGCUCGAGAUGGAGAAGGAGACCGAACUCUAGCGAAGCCUGGACUGCCUUAGGAUAGUCCCAUCCCUUUGGGGGCCCAGGAGGACUCGGUUGUAGAUCCAACUUGUCAUUUUGAAGUUGAGCUCAGUGAGCAGCACACGGGGGCAGAACUGAAAACAUCUUCAAAACCAAUUUUGUUCCAGUAAUAGAAAACGCUGUUCAUUUUACCAAUCAUGGUCUCCUAAUAAUCCCCAUCUAUGAAUUGGCUUCAUUACUCUGCUCUCCUCCCCACUGAUA